GGUAAAGGGUACGACCUCUCCUCUCGACUUGUUUUUCCCGCAAUCAAUUCUGGGGUUUUGGAUUCAAAAAGAAGAAAAAACCUAACCCAUGGCUUCAUCAACACCACUCACCAUCACCAUGUUCCUCGUCUUCCUGUUAACAUGCUUCCCGACUUCAUCUUUCUCUGUUCCAUUCAUCGUACUUCACGGAAUUGGAGAUCAGUGUUCAAAUAAAGGAAUGACAAAGUUCACCCAGGAACUCAGCAACUUGUCCAAGUCCCAAGGAUUUUGCAUUGAGAUUGGAGAUGGAGCAUGGGAUUCCUGGUUUAUGCCACUACUAGAACAGACUCAAGUUGUUUGCGACAAGGUCAAGAAAAUGAAACAACUCAGUAAUGGUUACAACAUACUUGGCCUCUCCCAGGGUAAUCUAAUAGGCCGAGGAGUUGUAGAAUUCUGUGAUGGCGGACCUCAGGUUAAGAACUUAAUCUCUUUAGGAGGACCUCAUGCUGGUACAGCAUCAGUGCCGCUUUGUGGUUCUGGCAUAUUCUGCAUGAUAGCGGAUGCACUUAUCAAGUCAGAGGUUUAUAGUGAUUAUAUCCAGGAACACUUGGCCCCCAGUGGUUAUCUGAAAUUGCCAAAUAACAUGGAUGCAUACUUACAACACUGCAGAUUUCUUCCAAAGCUUAACAAUGAGAUUCCAGAAGAGAGAAACUCGACUUACAAGGAGCGAUUGAUGAGCUUACAAAAUCUGGUGCUUAUCAUGUUUGAGCAAGACACAGUGGUGAUACCAAAAGAAACGGCUUGGUUUGGAUAUUUCCCAGAUGGAGAGUUCAGUCCAGUUUUGGCUCCACAGCAGACGAAACUUUAUAUUGAAGACUGGAUUGGUCUGAAAGCACUGGAUGAAGGUGGAAGAGUGAAGUUCAUAAACGUGUCGGGAAAUCAUCUUGGGAUUUCCGAUAACGACAUUAAAAAGCAUGUCAUUCCUUACUUGAAACAACAAGAUGAUGAUGAUGAUGACGACUCGUCAUCAAACAUCAAAGUCGAAUUGGAGUUGGAGUUAGCGGGAUAUUCAACUUAUACAUGGCCACCAUCAGUCAAAAGUUUUUUCAGCUAUUUACUUGGACUAUGAUGGAGGAUUCAUACCAUCAUAUGCUUAGCUACAACGUCUGUAGUUCCUUCUCUUCUCUCGGUUUUUGUCAAAAAGAACCCAACAUGCUCUUCAGUCCCGCAUUUCAAAUACAUUCAUUUUUUGACCAUGUGAAGAAUCUUUUAUUUAUUUUUAGAUAUUUUAUUUUCUCCAUAAUUGGACAAAUUUUCAUAUUACAACAUGAUACAAAAUUAAGUAAGCACUUAGGUUUUCA